CAUUUGCAUAUCAACAGUUGAAACUUAAAAGCAGUCAAGCUCCACUCGAUUUUUUUUUUUUUUUUGAUUUUCCGGCAAAAGUGUUCGUCGGAAUCUGAACCACUGUCUCCGAUCAGACGACCGGUAACCGCCGGCGAGUCAGCCACCACGCCGAAUUUAAGUCCGGCACCGUUUCAAAUCCGACCACGCUGUAUUGACACCGUGAAAACUUGCUAAACGCUUUGAGGAAAUGGACGGGGAUUUGAGCAUCUCUCUCGACAAGCUCCCAGUCAAACGUUUAGAAGUCAUUGAAGAAAACGGAGCUGAAAGAUUCCCUCCAGAUUUGAGUUAUGAUGAUAACAGAGUGAAUUUAAUUCGGCGAAUAGAUUUUGCUUGGGCCGUAGAGAGAGAAGAUACAAACAAGAAGCAGAAAAAUGGUGACGCGACCGCUUCUUCUUCUUCUAAAGACGCAUCGUCACAACCGUGGCCAUGGCAGAACAUGAUCGAGAAUCUACAGUUGGCUCAUCAGGAGCUGUCGGUUAUUAUCGAUCUCAUUAACACCGUUGAAGCUAAUGAUGCUGUCACGGUGGCUGGUAUGACCAGACCGAAACAGUUACCGAAUGAACUCUUGUCGGACCUUGCAGUAUCUACCGCAACGAAACUACAGUGCUUCCGUCACCUUGGUAAGUAUUUUAAUCAAUCGGCCAAAUCAUUAGAGAAGCAAGUUGCCCGAGAAGCAAGAUUCUACGGAGCUCUAAUAAGAUUGCAACAGAAUUGGAAAAUUAAGAGGCACCGAAUGGUUGCAACUGCUGCUGGAAACGAAGGGUUUUACAUCGAUUUAUUUGACAAUACAUUAUACGAUCCGAAAUCUGUGUUUCGCCCGUCUUCUCUAUCAACGGUUCGUGUGGAACAUGAUAAUGCUGGAAUGCUUGCUUUGAAUUUGUCUUCUAAAGCAUGUCACACUCUUCAGUUUGGGUUCGUUAAUAAAAAUUCUAAUAGUGUCAUAAAAGGAUCAAAUAUUAAAGUUUUAGAAUAUUCUGAAGAAAGUAAUAAAGAGGCUGAAAGUGAUGAUGACAGUGUAAAGAAACGGCAUUCUGACCUUCGUGAAGUUCAUCGGGCCGUUUUUGAUGAACAGGUUUUUAAUUUGAUAAAUCAAGAAGCAUUUGUCCCGUCAUUAGGCGUGAAUGUGACGGGUAUUCGUGAAAACCAUUUGCAGUUAAACAUAGAUCAAGAAGCGUCUGUUUUCAUUUCACUUGUGACAUCAUCAUCCACUGAGGAUGAUGUCACACCGUUGAUUGAAGGUGAAGAAAAACAGAAGCAGUCAUAUCUUCCUAACAGAAUCAGUUCAGAAAUUCUUCUGAAACAGUUGUUUCAUGAACACGUGUUUGUUCGAGCAAAGAACAAAAGUCUGUUCGCUCAACCGCCAAAAGACGGGUCAAACCUUCUCGGCCAUUUUUGCAUGUCUCUGUCUCACAGAAUAUUUUCAUCUAAAGUUCUAACAAAACUAGAAGAUCUGGCUAGGAGUGUAUCAUAUGUUCGCUUGAUGUCUCAUCCUACGUGGCAUUCACGUACGUCUACAUGGACACUGGUGGUUGAUGUUCCUCAGUCGAUUCUUCAUACCUCAUCCGACGUGGCAUCCUCGUCACAGUUCCUAACUAAAGUUGUCGUAAAUGAUGAUUGCAUAACCAUAGAAGGGGAAGGUGCUCCAAAUGUCGUUGGUCUCUUUAAAGGGAAAUCUGAAAACAGUUAUUCUGUUAACCGAUUUGAAUGCAAUUUAGCUGAUCUUCAUGUCAUACUUCUCCAGCAGGUUGCGAGUCAAAUAAUUCGUUGGUUGCAUGAGGAAGCUGUGAUCGUGGGAAUGAAAGCGAGUAGAGAUUUCUUAAGUUUGUCGUUUGAGUUGGAUCAGGGUGAAGUGGUAGGUCUGGUGGCACAGGUGGAUCCGGAAGACAGUGAAGGCGGCAUAUCGUGGUGGUUGGUGGCGGGGAGUGAAACUGCAGAGGAAUACAAGCUUCAAAGAGAGGAUUUGGAUGGUGAAACAAAGAGAUUUUUGGGUCAUUUGUCUUUAGAUGUGUUGUAUGCAACAUUGUUGGAUCUUGUGACCAUGUGCAACAACACUGGUGGGAACCUUUGACAGAUAUUGAUGUUUUUUGAACUAAUUUGAACAUUUUUGUUAUGGAAAUAUGUUAUCUUAUCAUGUUUAA